UUUGAGGAAGAGAGUAUUCAAAUAUUCUUAUGCCAGAGGUGGGACCUCAACAAGGGCCUUCUGGCUCGAAGCAGGGACCUUACCACUAUACCACAAGAGCCCUGAUUUUUGUGCUAAUGCUCGCUUGACAAGCACAGAUCUCUUUUCAGCAAUUACUCAAGGUCACAGCAAAAGCUGGAAAAAUGACCGUGUGUUCAAGAUGCCAGAGACGAGGAAGCCGCCUGCGACCACCACCAGGACUCCUUCAAUACACCUCAAACUACAGAAGCAUCGGGAAUUAGCCAAGAAAGCCCUGAAGAAGAAAGGAAUAGGUGGUGGACCGAUUUUGCACCAGCCUAAGUCGGGCACAAAAAGAUUAGUAAAAUUCAAUAAAGGUUACUCUGCCCUGAAACAAAAUCCGGAUGAAUCUUUAGUCUCCUUAGAGUCUGACAGUGAUGGUGAAUUUGAGUCUAAGUAUUAUUCCUCAUCAGGCUAUUCCUCUGCAGAGCAGCAAGUUAAUCAGGACCUGAACCGGCAGCUCCUGAAAGAUGGUUAUCAUCUGGACGAAAUACCGGACGAUGAAGAUCUCGACCUCAUUCCUCCUAAGCCUGUUACCUCGUCAGCCUGCGCUUGUUGCCAGGCAGAAAGUUCUUGUACUGUCCAGUAGUUAUUGCCACCCCCACUACCAUGUCGAAAGAUAAUUCCAUUUUAGGCAAUUAAAUUUUUUUAAUAUAUAUAUUGUGUAUAUAUAUAUUUUGGCUGAACUUGUUUAAAAGAGAUUAUAAACUGAGAAAAGACAUUAGCAUGAUAGGAUCCUGUUUAAAAAUAUUAUUUGGGUCAUUGCAACUGCUAAUCACUUUCAUUAAAUUUGGCCUAACCCCCUUAAAUCAAAUACCAUUUAUAACUGAAAUUAGGCCUGAGAUGACAGCUUAAAAGCUAUUACUAAUUUCUCUAUAUUACACUACUCAUUUUGCCAGUAGCGUAACAAAGUUAUUAUUACCUAAUGCUGGCUUGAAAUUCACACCCAAGCUUAAUUGAUCUUUCCCUUCUUUAUUCACUAAUCCAAAGGAAGGGAACCUUUCAAAACAGAGAAAACUGAAUACUAGAGUAGAGUGGGACUACACACAGAGGUUGGCAGUGAAAUUGUGCAGUUUGGUCAUAGAGUGGGGUGCUUCUAUGUAACUUUAAAAGUGCUGGUUCCAAUUCCAUAGGCUUACAACGGAUGCUGGAAAAUGGUAUUUUGCACGGAUGUCUUCAGGAUUGGCAUAUUAAAGGACAGGACCAUUUUAUUCCACAGAUGAGUAAAUUUAGUGGGCAAGCUAGGAAUGAAGCAUGGUGAGGGCAGUAGUUAUGUUACUAGCUUACGUUUCUGAUGGGCAAACAGCAUUGCUGAGAGGGCUGGGCUUUGGGGGAGUUGUAGCAAAUCUGAGAAAAAAAAAAAUUCCUUUCAGGUUUAUUUUCUGUCAUCAGGCAGUGGUGGGAUACUGAAAUGAAGCUGAGGAAAAUGGCUAAAAUCUGCCCUGAGUUGCAGUCUUUAUAUGUAGAUCAUAUGCAUUGAACAUUAGCAUUUGAUGAUGCCGUAGCUUAUACAGUGCAUCACCUAAACAACGCUCAGUUUGGAUUGAGUUGACACUACAUAGGUAUGAUCAGAAUUUGUUCUUAUUUUGACGUGAACAAAGAUUUCUUAUUGACAGUAUUAAUGUUUAGUUCCAAAAUAUUGUGAAGCUAAAUUAGAACCUUUUGAAUAAUUUUGGACACUUAGUACCUGGGCCCUAUGCUUAGAAAAUGUUUCUGUUGAUUAGCACACUGUUUUUUCCCUCUGGCCCGUUUCAAUAAGUUUCAGGGUUUUUUUUGACAUGCUAUCCAUUAAAGGGGAUGAAAACAUUGUAGCUGUUCCUGCAGAGGAUGAUGGGAUGGCGGAGAGAGUAGAAUGGGUGUGUGAGAAAAUGGAAGGAAGUCAUUUAUUGUAAGUAAUACUUGGACUGCUAAUUACAGGGAAUCGGGAAACUGCUUAUUCGCCAUUCUUGCUAAGCUCAUGGUAUGAAAGAGGGAGCCAGACAGAAGGUAAACUUUGUGUAAAUUUUGGCACAGCGCAGCAUCGUUUGGCUACCGUAAGCAUUGUGUUUUGCAACCCAUUUACCAUUACUUACCAAUGGAAGGUGCAGUGAGCUGGCUGACUUUUGGAUAACAGCAGAUUACUUGCUCUUAAUAGUAAUUUGUCAAAUUAAAUGUUGAGGAGAGGGGUUGAGGCCGCUCGUUUGAUUGCAGUCUAAUUGAUUGGGAUUUUAUGGGUGUACCUAGUGAUAUGUCCAAUCUUAUUUCAUAUGACAGUGACAUGAUGUAUAUUAAAUGGUAAUGGGAAAAUAAUGAGCAGUUUAUCUAGGCUGGUUACUCGAUUCUAUUGUAAUCCAUAAGCAUGUUUAAUGAUUUUAGAACAAUUUAUUUCAAUAAUGGAUACUACAUUGAAUUAGCCACAAAGUAAGAGACGACUGUGAUUUCAAAGAGAUCAGAUUUUGCAAUCCCACCAUAUUAAGUACUACAACUGAUUGGUUAGGAAAAGGGCUUUUCUGAGGUACUUGGAGUAUUUAUGUCUGGUAUGUUUAGUUUGCAUGCAGCAACAUCAGA